AUGGACAAUAUUGAACUUGAGACUCUUGGUUUGAACUCUCAUCUGCUGCCCUCGUUCGGAGUGUGUGUCGUUUUCGCAUGCAUCUUGGCAUUCGUCACAUCUUGGCCAUAUUGUCAACUUCUCUUCGACGUCCUCAAGUUGGUCAAGCUUGACCCUGCCCAGUCGCGCCUAUUGGGUCCACGCGCCGGACCACCGAUAAGUUUGCCCUUCUACGAGAACACUAAUCGGCUCCGCGAGGCUUGCGGCUCUGCGGGUAAAGUCAUCUGGACACGACUACAGCACUGGCAUUUCGCGUUCCUCCUGGGUGCAGAUCCUCGACACUUCGCCCCGAUCACCUCUUGUUCCAUCCUGCGCGGCAACCCGACUCAGUCACCUACCUCUCUGCCUAGUCAGAGUCGCCCCGAUGGCCGCACCGACCAGCGCCCGCCCGCACUCCGGAGGCCGGACGGCCCGGGUAUCCACAUGAUUGCGUUCCCUUUCUCUCUCUCUCUCUCUCUCUCUCUCUCUCUCAGAGUCCCAACAUGGUGGGGGGGGGGGGGCUCCCAUCGUCUCCGCCCCAGAGUUCCACGAACACGCGACAAUAUACGAGUGCUCCAAUCGGGAGGAAAAGAUCGAAACUAA